AUGGAGCCUUCCUCAGUCCCUCCCUGCAGAGGACUCAUCCCCUGGCAGGGGCUCCUGCUCACAGUCUCACUUCUCACCUCCUGGAACCCGCCCACCACUGCCCAGCUCACUGUUGAAUCCGUGCCGCCCAGUGCUGCAGAGGGGACGGAUGUCCUUCUACUCGUCCACAAUCAGCCACUGGAUUCUUAUGGCUACAUCUGGGCCAAAGGGGACAGAGUGGCCCAUAGCCAUCUAAUCCUAUCAUAUGUAGUAGCAAAUCAAACAAGUACCCCAGGGCCUGCAUACAACGGUCGAGAGACAAUAUACCCCAACGGGUCCCUGCUGUUGCGGAAGGUCACCCUGAAGGACUCAGGAUACUACACCAUGCAAGUCUUCUGGCAAAAUCUUUGGAGUGAUGAAGCAACUGGAGUGUUACACGUGUACUGUGAGUGA